UCCAGGUUUGCCAGGGUUUUCCAGCAUGUUUGGGAAGAAGAAGAAACGGCUGGAGAUCUCAGCUCCGUCUAACUUUGAGCACCGGGUCCACACGGGCUUCGACCCGCGGGAGCAGAAGUUCACCGGUCUGCCGCAGCAAUGGCAGAGCCUCCUGGCAGACACUGCAAACCGCCCUAAGCCCAUGGUGGACCCCUCCUACAUCACCCCCAUCCAGCUGGCACCCAUGAAGAUAUCUCCCAAGAAUGUCCGGUCAUCCGAAACGCCGUUGCCCAAAGUGGAGGUGGUGUGUCAGCUGGAGCAGGAGAAUGACUCCACACAUGACAUAACUACAUUGCUCUGCCAGAGUCUUUUCUUAGGUCUCAUCGCUCCACUCCAUGUGUUCCAUGUGCAUGAGCCUCCCACAAAUGACUAGAUCAACUGGAACGGCAUGUUCCCUUGUUUCUCCCCUAGCCACAGAGCGCCAUUGAUAAUGAUGAUGAUGAUGAUAAUGAUAAUCAUGAUGAUGAUGAUUCGUGCUGAGAUGUGAAGUGCAUGUUGCCAUGACAGCUGAUUCUGCUACGCUGUAGGCCAUCAGUCUUUAGGAAGUAGGUCAAAAAGGGUUUGCAUGUGUUAGGAGAACCCUUUCUACGAUCCACCCGUUGGAGCCAAACCUCCUCUCCUCUCCUCUUCCCUCCUUUUCUCUUCUCUUGUGUCCUCUCCUUUCUUCCUCUCCUCCCUUCCUCUAUUUUCCUGUUUCUCUUCUCCUCUCCUUUCCUUUCUAUACUCAUCAAUCAGAUAAAUGAAACAUGAUGUAGUCUCUAAGCUAUAAAAACAUGAUUUGGUAAAAAUGA